GGGCCCGUGCGCCGCCUAGAAAAACUUGUGCGGGGCCAUUUUUGGGGCAGUAAGAUCGAGCUAGGAGCCUAAGAGCGAGCGCGCAGCCCGAGAGCUCGAGCCGCCUCCGCCGCGAGACCCCACCUCGGCCGCCGCCGCCUGCGCCGCGAGAUCCGCACCGGCCUCCCCGAGAGCGAGCCCCGGCCGCCGCGACCACCAGCCGCGCUAACCGCCGACCAACCGCCACCGAGGUGCCCGAGUGAGAGCAGAGGAGGCGGCAUGAGCGAGGCGGGCGAGGCCACCACCACCACCACCACCCUCCCGCAGGCUCCGGCGGAGGCGGCCGCCACGGCCCCCCAGGAUCCCGCGCCCAAGAGCCCGGUGGGCAGCGGCGCGCCCCCGGCCGCGGCCCCGGCGCCCGCCGCCCUGGUCGCAGGAAACCCGGGUGGGGACGCGGCGCCCGCAGCCGCGAGCACUGCGAGCACCGCGGCCCCCGCCUCUUCGGCCCCCGCCGGCAGCGAAGACGCAGAGAAAAAAGUUCUCGCCACCAAAGUCCUUGGCACUGUCAAAUGGUUCAACGUCAGAAAUGGAUAUGGAUUUAUAAAUCGAAAUGACACCAAAGAAGAUGUAUUUGUACAUCAGACUGCCAUCAAGAAGAAUAAUCCGCGGAAAUAUCUGCGCAGUGUAGGAGAUGGAGAAACUGUCGAGUUUGAUGUGGUUGAAGGAGAGAAGGGUGCAGAAGCAGCCAAUGUGACUGGCCCGGACGGAGUUCCUGUAGAAGGGAGCCGGUAUGCUGCUGACCGCCGCCGUUACAGACGUGGCUACUAUGGCAGGCGCCGUGGACCACCCCGUAACUACGCUGGGGAGGAGGAGGAGGAAGGGAGCGGCAGCAGUGAAGGAUUUGACCCCCCUACCGCUGAUGGGCAAUUCUCUGGGGCCCGGAGUCAGCUGCGCCGCCCCCAGUUCCGCCCUCAGUACCGGCAGCGGCGGUUCCCGCCGUACCACGUGGGACAGACCUUUGACCGCCGCUCCACGUUCUUUCCCCAUCCCAACAGAAUGCAGGCUGGGGAGAUUGGAGAGAUAAAAGAUGGAGUCCCAGAGGGAGCACAACUUCAGGGUCCAGUCCAUCGAAAUCCAGCUUACCGUCCAAGGUACCGUAGGGGAGCCCCUCGCCCACGACCUGCCCCAGCCGUUGGAGAGGCAGAAGACAAAGAGAAUCAACAAGCGGCCAACGGUCCAAACCAGCCCCCUGCUCGCCGCGGAUACCGACGUCCAUACAACUAUCGGCGUCGCCCCCGUGCUCCUAAUGCUCCUACACAAGAUGGCAAAGAGGCCAAGGCAGGUGAAGCACCAACCGAGAACCCUGCACCAGCUACCGAGCAGAGCAGUGCUGAGUAACACCUGGCUCCCCAGGCACCUAUACCAUCAGCAGGUGACCUAAAGAAAUAAUGACCAUUCAAAUAUAAAGCAAAACCAAAAGCAGACCACGACCUUACCAACACCAAAGAAACAUCCAAGCAAUAAAGUGGAAGACUAACCAAGAUUGGACAUUGGAAUGUUUAUUAUUAUUCUUUAAGAAACAAACAACUACAAAAGGAAGAUGUCAGUGAAUUUUCCAGCAAGCUGAGAUCCCGGGAAUGCCUGCACAGAAGACAAGAGAGCAACCCUCCCCAGUUUCAGCAACCACUAGGUUUAUAUUUUUUUUUCCUGGUUUUUAUGUUUUUGUAAUAUGAAAUUGAACGAAGAAAUAUUAAUAUCACGUGGGGAGGAACCCCAGCCAAAGAAAUAUGAAAUAUAUAGCAAAUGCUUUUUUUCCUUUUUUGUUCUUUUUGGAUGCUGGUGCUAAACUUCCAAGUGUCGUGAUUUAAAAAGAAAUUUUAUGCCCUUCCUAUUUAUUUCUAGAAUGAGGGGAGUGUAACAUUUUUGCUUUCUUAUGUGACUCCGUUUGAAAAUGUGCGGUAUGAAUGACGUUCCUCAAAAAUAAAAUUUUUACCCUUCAUGGGAAAAAAUGUAUAGCUCAAGUAUACUUUCCUAUCUUAGGAUGUGUUUCCUCCACUUCUUUCAUUUGACUUAAUGAAGAAUAAAUUCAAGUCCACGUAUAAAGGUGGAUUAGUGCCAUUUAAUAAGUGUGGGCAUAUGAGUUGGAAAUCAAAGAAAAUGGGAUCCCGUUUGGAAGGGACAGUGGAAAUUAGCAAGUUCAGGAUUUAAGUUGGGUAGUAGGCAGGUUUUGUUUGUGUUGGUUCUCUGUAUCUCUUGAGUAAUCUUAAUCGAGAUGACCUGAUGGCAAUUAGAUUAACCAUUUCAGAUUCAAUGUUAAUUUUCUUUAGAUUAAUGAAGAAGUUAGUAAUUUUAAUAUCCUUGAACUUCCAACCCAGGGAUUUCAACACCAACUGCUGUGUUGUAUGGGUAUAUGUGGGUCUUGCAGAAAAGAGGUAGAGAAACUUUUUCCAACUGCACUACAAAUCUCUCCCCUCCCAGAGGGAGAAGGUGGUGCCCCCCAGGUUGAAAAACACUGCAUUAUAUGUCAUUGCUAUAUAGUUGCUUCUCACACCUACUGCACCUUCAAGUUUAUUCAUUCCUUAAAUCAAGUAUGUAUUGCACCUAGCUUUGUGCCAGACACUGCUCUGGCAGCUAAGAGGGAACAAACCCAGGAGGUUUGAAUAUUUGAUGGGACAGUACCUAUUGAGAAGUGUUAUACAACUCAACAUAUUUGAAUGCCCACUGUGAAACAAGCAUGAUGCUAGGUGAUUUCAGACCACACAUAUCCCAAUUUUAACAGUACUUUAGGAGGUCUUGUGUUUAUUGUGAAGAUGCAAUUUUUAAAGCCCUUUUUUUUUCUCAGUAGAGAGAAAAAAUGUAUUUUUAAAGACUCCUAUUUUAUUUGACAUUUUGAAGUAAUAAAGUUUUUUAAAUCUUGAA